AUGCACUUCUCAAAGACCCUCGCCUCGGCGGUGCUGCUCGCCUUGCCAGCCUAUGCCGCUCUCCCUGUCGCCAGCAUCGAUUUCCAAUCCUGGGAGUCCUGCCCCGUUGGCGCCCCGGCCCUCGGUGAGCCCAAGUUCAAGGCUGCUGCGAUUGCCACUCCAGUGACUUGCGACAAGGCCACUGUCAACCGCGACUGGAGCAUCGACAACUAUUCCUUCACGGCAUACCUCGACACCAAGGACGCCCUUCUGUGCUCCGGCAUCACCAUCUGGAACAACGAUGAUUGCACUGGCGAGCCCGUCUGGUUCCUGCCCUUUGAUGGCGAGCCCGUUGUUCAGGGCCAAUGCCUGCCCGACAUCCUCGACGCUGGCUACGUCUCCUUCAGACUCGAGUGCUUUGACUUCCCCGAUGGUGCUGGUUUCUCUACGGGACCUGAAAUCUCCGACAGUCCCGAGGACUAUUAA